AAUCUAACUUUUGCUCGACUAUAAAUACGAGUCACUUCCCAUUAGGUUUUGCCUGCCUCAAACAAAUAGAGCUUAUCUCAUCACUCACCAAACAACUCUCAUCAAUAUAAAGAGAAGAGGGGGUGGGAGAGUUCUAUAUAUACACAUAAACAUAUUGAUAUAGUAGUGUUAUAUAACCAGAGAUAUAUUCUCGUUUAAGUAAUAAAGAUGAAAGGUGGAAGCAUGGAGAAAUUGAAGCCGAUAUUGGCGAUAAUUUCACUGCAAUUUGGCUAUGCAGGCAUGUACAUCAUCACUAUGGUCUCGUUCAAGCAUGGCAUGGACCAUUGGGUUCUUGCCACAUACCGUCAUGUCGUCGCCACGGUUGUUAUGGCUCCCUUUGCUCUCAUUUUCGAGAGGAAAAUUAGGCCCAAGAUCACACUACCAAUAUUCUGGAGGCUUCUUGCUCUUGGAAUAUUAGAGCCCCUUAUGGACCAGAAUUUGUACUACAUAGGAUUGAAAAACACGUCAGCAUCGUACACUUCUGCCUUUACCAAUGCACUUCCCGCCGUCACCUUCAUUCUCGCCCUCAUUUUCAGGCUUGAGACCGUCAACUUUAGAAAGGUCCACAGUGUAGCAAAAGUGGUAGGAACGGUAAUAACAGUAGGAGGAGCAAUGAUAAUGACUUUGUACAAAGGUCCGGCUAUCGAGAUCGUGAAAGCCGCUCAUAAUUCUUUCCACGGCGGUUCGAGCAGCACGCCCACCGGCCAACACUGGGUCCUCGGAACCAUAGCCAUUAUGGGCAGUAUCUCUACAUGGGCUGCUUUCUUCAUUUUACAGUCAUACACGUUAAAAGUUUAUCCAGCUGAGCUAUCACUUGUAACGUUGAUAUGUGGGAUAGGGACGAUCCUAAACGCCAUUGCUUCGCUAAUAAUGGUUCGUGACCCGAGUGCAUGGAAAAUCGGUAUGGAUUCCGGAACACUCGCCGCGGUUUACUCUGGAGUGGUUUGUUCGGGGAUAGCUUAUUACAUACAAAGCAUUGUGAUUAAGCAGCGUGGUCCUGUGUUUACGACGUCGUUUAGUCCUAUGUGUAUGAUCAUCACUGCCUUCCUCGGUGCAUUGGUUUUGGCUGAGAAAAUCCAUCUAGGAAGUAUAAUUGGGGCAGUUUUCAUAGUUCUUGGACUAUACAGUGUGGUAUGGGGAAAAAGUAAGGAUGAAGUGAAUCCUUUGGAUGAGAAAAUCGUAGCCAAGAACCAAGAGCUUCCGAUCACUAACGUAGUCAAACAAACGAACGGUCAUGAUGUCUCGGGAGCACCGACUAAUGGUGUGGUUACAAGUACCUGAUCCAAGUUCCAAAAGAGAAGAAAGAUACUUAAACAAAGAUUUCAUCUCCAUGCAUUGGAGGUGGAAAUUUUGGUUAUCUUUCUUGUUGAUUUUGUGUUUUUGUUUUUUUUUUUUUACAUUUUCUAAUCGCUCUACGCUUAACUUUAGUAUCUUUUUACAUUAUGUAUGUUUUUCAGCUUCUACUUUCUUGUAUUUUGAAAUUUCCAAAACGAAUGAUAAAUGAAUCAUUUGGUAAAA